AUGCCUGUAACCAACGAAGAAAUAGCGGAACUCUUCGAGAGUAUGGCGACCCUUCUGGAAAUGAAGGGCGAUACCGUGUUCAAGAUUCGUGCCUACCAGCGUGCCGCCCGUACCAUCAGCCACCUUUCCUUCUCCCUGGAACAGGCAAUCAGGGACGACGUGGACCUGAAGAAUAUACCCGGCAUUGGUAAGGCUAUCAGCGAAAAGACCCAGGAGUACCUGGAAACCGGGCGGGUCAGGGCUUAUGAAGAACUGAUUGGCGAGUUGCCCGACGGUGUUCUUACGUUGAUGACCAUCCCCGGCAUCGGCUCCAAGACGGCCAUGCUGAUAACCCAGGAACUGGGCAUCAGCACUGUCGAAGGCAUCGAAAAGGCCAUCCACGAAGGCACCCUGGCGGCCCUGCCCCGCAUGGGACAGCGCACUGCGGACAACAUCCUCCGCCACAUCCAGUCCAUGCGCACCAAGGAUGGCCGAACGCCCAUCGGUCAGGCACUGGCUGUGGCCGAAGCAACCGUUUCCGCCCUGCGUGCUGAAUGUCCCUACGUCGAGCAGCUUUAUCCCGCCGGAAGCCUGCGUCGCUGGGAGGAGACCAUCGGCGACAUUGACCUGGUCGGUGUGGCUCCCGAGGACCUGCAGUCCGGCGUUGGCGAUGUCCUGGUUGAGUUGCCUUCGGUGCAGGAGGUGCUGGUCCAUGGCCCCAGGAAGACCAGCGUCGUGCUGGAGGAGGGUAUCCAGGUGGACCUGCGCCUGGGUGACGCCGACGCAUUCGGCGCCAUGCUCCAGUAUUUCUCCGGCAGCCAGCAGCACAAUAUCCGCCUUCGCGAAUAUGCCAACCGCAGGGGCUUUUCCCUGAACGAGUACGGCAUUACCAACCUGGCCUCAGGCGAUGUGGCGCGCUUGCCCGAUGAAGGCUCGUUUUACGAAUACCUGGGCCUGCCCUACAUUGCCCCGGAGUUGCGGAUUGGACUGAACGAACUGGACGCGGCCCAGGCCGGCGCCCUCCCCAACCUGGUAACCGAGGCCGACUUGAAGGGCGACCUCCACCUGCACAGUGAAUGGAGCGACGGCCGAGACCCCAUUGAGCGAAUGAUCGAAGCGGCGGUAGAGCAGGGCUAUCAGUACAUGGCCCUGACCGACCACUCUUCCGGCCGGGGCAUUGCCAACGGCCUCUCCAACGAGCGGUUGGUGGAGCAGAUGGGCAUCCUUCGGGACCUUCAGUCCCAAUACCCCAUCACCAUUCUCUGUGGCUCCGAAGUGGACAUCCGCGCCGACGGCACCCUGGACUACCCCGACGAGCUGUUGGCCGAGCUGGACGUGGUGGUGGCAUCGGUGCAUUCGGCUAUGGGCCAGGACAGCGACACCAUGACCCAGCGUAUCAUCCGGGCCAUGGAGCAUCCCUCGGUGACCAUAAUUGGCCACGCCUCCACUCGCCUGUUGAGUCGUCGUCAGCCCGUUCAGUUCGACAUCGAGGCCCUGCUGCGGGCCGCCAGGGAAACGGGUACGGCCAUGGAGGUUAACUCUGCGCCCGAACGUAUGGACUUGAAAGACACCCACGCCCACCGCGCCCGGGAACUGGGCGUCCCGCUGGCCAUCAACACCGAUUCCCACCAUUUCACCAGCCUGGGCCAGCGGCGCUUCGGAGUGGCCAUUGCCCGACGCGCCUGGUGCGAGUCCCGCCACAUUCUGAACACCUUGCCCCUGGACCAGUUUCUUGCUUACAUCCGCACCCCCAAGCCGCAUCGGCUGGAGAUCUUCGAGUCCCGUACCGACUCCGCCGCAACCGUUACAACCUCCACCAGCUUUUCCAACCCGCCGGCAGCGCCAUGA